CAAAGAAGAACAGUCAUAAUGGCGGCCGCUGCACCUGGUGCACAGCCGAAAGACCAACCUUGCUACGGCUGCGCGCAAGCUGCCGCGGCGGAUCCCUCCAUGGGUUUACCGACGAGCGGCCACUGCGAAUGUCGUUUCCACUACGUGCCUGGCGAGGGCUUGGUCACCGCGCACCUGUGCGCCUACCACGGCGGUCCGGAGGUCGAUGCCGAGGAUUGGCAGUGGUACGACGAUCCUGAAGAGCCCCACCCGAGCUUGAACUACUUUGAGCACGAGCCGGACUACCAGUACCAGAACUGGCCGGUGGGUGACUCGAAGGAAAGCAACCGCGCAUGUCUGGAUAGGCGCAAGGCCACCUUGGCGGCCGAGGGCAAGCCUGCCGAGAUCGCUGGCUGGGGUUCCUGGUGGAUGGCGACGAGCGAGCGCACCCUGAUGCCCGUGUACGUGGUGCUGUUCGUGCUCAUCGCCUGCCUGCUGAUCGCCGUCGCCGCGAUCAACGCGCUGACGAGCGCCUACGACGACGCCACCGCCACAACGAUCGCCGGGAUGCCGUACGAGACGCUGCCGGAAGUGCGCCUUCUGACAGCAACGCGCCCGACCACCACCACCGACGACAACAGCUCGUACACCACGGACGUCUACUAGGAAUUGCGCACGAGGUCGCCGUGGGGCGUAUGCCGCAUGGCCAAGCGCCCAACGAUUGGCGUUAUUGUUGGACUUCAUACGUACCGCACACCACCUUUUGUGCUGAUGUUUCACUCCUCUCGUCGCGUAUAGUACAUAUCGAGUGAAGAAGAAAAAAAAAAGCUUUAUAUAUGCGCCACAUUUUGCGCGAAUGUCAUAACUUGCGUCGUCGUAUCGGUCGUCUUUCGCCUGACCAGGAAGACGACGAUAGCAGUAGUGAGCAGCUUAGAAAGCGAGAUUUCAAGUUCCUUUCCCUGCAUGAACGCUUGUAUUAUAUCGCAAAGUUGGUCUACGUCUGUCAGCCGGAGCAUAUAGACCAAUAUCCAGCGCCGAGUGAACGAUCUGUUUGUGUAAACAAGCACUGGAAAUAUUGACAUCUUUCCAACCGCAAAUCGUAUUCUUGCAAUUACAGGUAAAUUUAACCUAUAUAUUCGUAUGUAAAUUAUAACUUAUAAGUGACUUAAAUCGUUUUUCUUUU